AAACUUGAAAUAGCUUUAAGAAAUCUACAUUUGUGUACUCUUGACUGAAAAUCACGUCUGCUGUCGAGCGUGGUUUCGUGCUACGUCGUGUUCUUUCGAUAAUUUCCGUUUUGAUUCGGUAAUUUCCGCUUGCUCUCCUUCCUGUGUUGAUCCCCCGUCCCCAGUAAAGGCACUCGGAGGCCAUUAUCCUGCAACCAUUUUCUUUUCUUUCAUACCUGAAGAAAAAUAAAUCGUUUUUAUAAAUCAAUUAUUUAUUCGUGCAAGUUGACCAAGCGCUCGUUGGACACCUGCAUCUUUACAAAUCGUGAGGGACGCGCACCUCGCCUCGACAAUCCUUCGGAUAAUUUCGGCUGCUUUCGUGCGCCGCUGUUUUGAAAUGGACGCGACUGAACCGGCGGCGAAGGCACUCGAGCUGGGCGACGUGUCUGCGGGAGAGGCGGUAGGUUCGGAUACCGAGUCGGAGGCCGAAGUCGCCACGAUGACUGUGAUGGGAGAAGCGGGAAACAUCGACAUCACCGAACCCCUGCCGAACCCAGACGAUGCCGAAACGGCGUUUGCCGAGGUGACAGCCGUCACGGUUGGGGAUGUCCAGAGUUCAGAUGAAUCUGUGUUCACAUCUACAGUCGCCACAGCAGCGUCCAUCCCUGAACACGUGCUCACAGGCAGAACUACACUUCAGAUCGGAGACAGUCUGAGUACCCAGAAGGCCACGCUGAUUGUGGUGCACACGGAUGGGAGCAUCGUGGACGCCACAGGGCUGAAAGGCACCGCAACACCUAUGACACCUGGUCCUCAAACCCCGAGCACCCCUCUGACGUCUGGACACGAUAAGGACGUCUCUAAGUACAACUGGGAUCCGUCGGUUUACGACAACGAGCUCCCCGUGCGCUGCAGGAACACCAGCGGGAUUCUGUACAAAAGCAGACUGGGCUCAGGGGGCAAAGGACGCUGUAUCAAACACAACAAUAACUGGUACACCCCGACAGAGUUUGAGGGUAUGUCAGGAAGAGCAAGCAGCAAAGACUGGAAGAGAAGUAUCCGCUACGCUGGCCGACCUCUACAGUGUCUCAUUCAGGAGCGCAUCCUGAACCCUCAUGCAGCGUCCUGUACGUGUGCGGCCUGCUGUGAUGAUCUGUCAACAUGUACGAAGGACGGAUCUUUCGAAGGAGAGGACAUCUCCAUGACGGGCCCCGUCAGACUGUUCGUCCCUUAUAAAAGAAGGAAGAAGGACAGCGAGCGCUCAGCUUCUCCUGAGAAGAAGGAAGUUCAUUCUCCAAAGAAUAUCACCCUGGCUCCUGGAGCAACAUUUACAAUGAGUCCGUCUGGACAGAUCACCACAUCAGGCACGCUGACCUUUGACCGAACGGUGACAGGAGAGACGGCAGCCAUCAUCUCCGACAGCCCUGUGCCCACUGACGUCUUCACCAACACAACCGUGUUGGCCACCCUUCCUGCGCUGGCGGUGGUGCAGUCUAAACCCUUUCCGGCGGGGCCGCUCAUGAAUGGGUUUGAGAUGGCCGAGCAGCACACGUGGCUUUACCUGGAAGAGAUGGCCAAUACGCUGCUCAACAACGUCCAGCAACUCAAAGUCCUCAUCGCACAGGCCAAACAAGCCAGUCAGAGCGGAGCGCAUGCCGCCAUCAGCCCCGAGAAAAACAGCAGCGUCAGGAAAGAGUCCUUUCAGAGUCAGUUGUCACUCAGUGAAGAACCUGAGGGGAAAAUCACUGAAAUUAUCAUUAAGCACACGUGUGUGAACUGCGGUCGAGAGGCGUCCAGUGAGUGUACAGGCUGCCAUAAAGUCCAUUACUGCUCUGGCUUCUGUCAGCGGAAGGACUGGAAGGAACAUCAGCUGAGCUGCUGUCUGCCGGGCACGACCGUCAUCAUUCAGGAGGACAGUCAGAUGGCCGGUGUGGAGAAAGGGAAAGCCUAGCGUUCUCACUGCAGGACCGUCAGUGACGUAUGAAGUUUAGAUGGGUGAUCGCUUCCGUUCAUGUGUUUUAGUUUAGCUAUAAAGCCUCAUAGUAACAGCUCCCUUGCACACUGUGAAAUAUAAAGCAUACACGGAUGACGUCUGUACUUUCUGUACCAUUUGAACGGGUUCACCAUCUCACUAUGGGUUUUGUAUGUGAAAAUAAUCCUUAAAGGGAAAGUUCACCAAAAAUCAUUUCCACCCUCAUGUUUUUCCAAGCCUGUAUGACUUUUGGAACACAAUGUGUUGUGUCCGAGCUCAUAAUUUCCAUAAAAUUAAGACAUAAAAUUACCAGUUUUUAAGCUUUUAA